CCCCCGCCGCGCCCCCUGCAGCCCCUAGGGGGUCCUUGACACUCGGCGCUGGACGUUGCCGCCCCCCGUCCCCCUGCGCGACAGCGCCUCGCAGGCUCCGCGACCCUCGGCCUGCACGCCCGGAUGCCUCUCCCCGGGGGGCUGUGGUGGCUCCUCUGCUGCCGUCGGGGCUUUACCCUGCUGCACCGCGACUACGGCGACGGCGAGCUCAGUGGGGACGGGGACGACGACGAGACCUUCGAACUGCGCACCCCGAGUCCGGUGAGCGGCGGGCGGGGUCCCCUGGAGGUAACACUGACUCAGCCUGGGCGGAGCGGGCCAGUCUCGGACAGGCUGCCGAGCUGGGAGGAGACCAGGAGCCUCAUCCCAGAAAAGGGGCUGCAGGAGGACGACCCCGACGUGGUUGUGAAAGGCUGGCUGUACCGAGAGCCCCGAGGAGGAGGGCCGCGGCCGUGGCUGCCGCCGCGCCGAGCCUGGUUCGUGCUCACUCGGGACUCCCUGGACCAGUUCAGCGGCAGCGGGAAGGGCGCGAGGCGCCUGGGCAGCCUGGUGCUCACCAGCCUGUGCUCCGUGAGCGGCCCUGAGCGCAAGCCCAAGGAGACCGGUCUGUGGUCCUUGACCGUGUCCGGCCGGAAGCACAGCCUCCGCCUCUGCACCCCUCGCCAGGCCGAGGCGGAGCACUGGGGGGUGGCUUUGCGGGAGGUGAUCUCCUCCAAGGCACCCCUGGAGACGCCCACCCAGCUACUGCUCAGGGACAUACAGGAGAGUUGCGGGGACCCUGAGGCAGUGGCCCUCAUCUACCGGAGGAACCCCAUUCUGAGGCACACCAGUGGGGCUCUGUACGCCCCGCUCCUGCCCUUGCCCUACGGAGGGGGUGCCCCAGGUCCGGGCUACGCACCCCUGCGAGAGGAGGCGGUGCGGCUGUUCCUGGCGCUGCAGGCGCUAGAGGGGGCGCGGCGGCCCGGGCCCCUGAUGCAGGGCGUGCUGCAGACCUGCCGGGACCUGCCUGCGCUCCGGGACGAGCUCUUCCUGCAGCUGGCUAAGCAGACCUCAGGCCCCGCGGGCCCCCCGGGGCUCCCUGCAGCGCAGGACCCCGCUGCCCUGCGCUACUGGCAGCUGCUCACCUGCAUGAGCUGCACUUUCCGGCCUGGGGGCGCCGUCCGGGGCCAUCUCCUGGGGCACUUGGAGAGGACGGAGCAGGCGCUGCCCGACUCGGAGUUGGCGGAGUAUGCGCGCUUCAUCCGGAAGGCGCUGGGCCGCACGCGCGGCCGCGAGCUGGUGCCGUCGCUGGCCGAGAUCGCCGCGCUGAGCCGGCGGCAGGAGCUGCUGUGCACCGUGCACUGUCCGGGCGCCGGGGCCUGCCCGGUGGCCAUCGACUCGCACACUACCGCGGGGGAGGUGGCUCGGGAGCUGGUCGGGCGGCUGGGUUUGGCGAGGAGCCGCAGUGCGUUCGCGCUGUACGAGCAGCGCGGGGCCCAGGAGCGCGCCCUGGCCGGGGGCACCAUCGUGGCCGACGUACUCACCAGGUUUGAGAACUUGGCGGCCGAGGAAGCCGGGCCGCAGGACUCGCCGGACUCAGGGUGGAGGCUGAGCCUGCGCCUCCACGGACCCCUGCGCCCCGAGGGACUGUCCCCCGACGGCCACCAGCCGCCGUUCCUCUUUGAGCAGACCCUGCUGCUGCGCGCCCGGCCGGCCCCGCCCGACGACACCUCGCUGCGGCCGUGCUGGGCGGCUGGAAGCGGCUGCGGGGCCUGGGCCGAGCGGAGGCCAUGGCUGCCUACCUGGCGCUGGCGGCGCAGUGUCCGGGGCUCGGCGCUGCUCGGUAUGACGUUCUGGAGCUGAGCACGGAGCCUGGCGGAGGCGCUCCACAGAAGCUUUGCCUGGGCCUGGGAGCCUCGGCCCUGUCCCUCUCCCGGCCUGGGGACACGGAGCCCAUCCACAGCGUCAGCUAUGGCCGCGUGGCCGCCUGCCAGCUGAUGGGCCCGCACACCCUGGCGCUGCGGGUCGGGGACAGCCAGCUCCUCCUGCAGAGCCCGCAGGUGGAAGAGAUCAUGCAGCUGGUGAACGCCUGCUUGGCCACCCCCUCGCCAGAGAGGCCUCCCUGCCAAGAGCGGCCAGACGCCUCCCCUCCCCGCCCGGACCGGGGCCUGGCCGAGUCCCAGGGACAGCCUGGCUGCUUGGGGCAGCUGCAGGACUGAGCCUGCCAAAAGGUCAAGCUUCCUGCCGCGGCCGGCCGGCCAGGGCCGCCCCAGGACCCGGAGACAUGGACACACUGGCCCUGCGGGGACGGGGCACACCCCACACUCCAAGGCUGCGACGGCUGUGGGCACUUUUCUAGUUUGUUUCUUAAUUUAUUUGUAGAACCGGAGCAAAAAAAACCUCAUUUACACAAA